AUAUGAUAUCUACGGAUUAAUUAUCAUUUGAACAGUUUAAUUUUCAAUGUCCCAUUACUUUACUAAUAACCAAUUAUACUACUUAUUCUUAAUAACUAUGCUAAUGAAAAUGAAUUACUGUUGCCAGAAACUUGGUUCAUCUUGUACAGGAACAGUUUUUCGUCGUUGUUGUGGCAAAUUACUCUGUGAAUAUGAUAUGCUCGGUGCAGGAACUUGUCAAAACUGUAUUCGUUCAAAUUAUGCUUGUAUGAAGAAUAGUCAAUGUUGUUCUAAAUAUUGUAAAUUUUUAGUUUGUGUUUGAUCUUUACUAUUGUUAAAGUGAAAAGUUUAUGCACAUAUUAUUUAUAUUAUUAAUAUAUGGAUCAACUUUAAUUGUCAAAAUAUUAAAUCGAUUUGUGUUGUCUUCAUUAAAUCAAUAAAUGGUAUAUAUAUAUAUGUGUAUCCUCUCU